UUUUUUUAACCUCACUUGCAACUGUCCCUCUGUCCCCUCAGCAGAGGAAAGACGACUCUCUUCGUCUGCAUCCUUUCAUGCGGAGGUUUUGGGCGGAUCUUCCAUGUGAAGCAGAGGUAGAGGACAGAGACAGCCGGAAGAGAGCCUCAGCCGCUGGACGCACUUGGAAUUUCCGAUUUGUCCCAUAAUGCUCUGGACCUUUGGGCUGCUGCUUGUCCUCGCUUGGCAGGUCAGAGGCCGGAGCGCCAGACUGGACUUCAGCUCGGACUUGGUGGUGCUGAAGAAGGAGGCUGCGGUCCCCUCUGCUCCCGAGGUGGAGUUCCUCGGGUUGCCCUCGCCAACCAGAUCUUUGUCAUUUGAUGUCUCCAGGCGUCGAUCCAAGAGGUCGAUAUUUCUUCACUCCGGGGUGAGAAUCUGUCCUCAGGAAAGUGUCGGCGAUGUUCUGGCCAGUCAUCAGGCGUACUACAAGCUCAGAGUGUGCCAGGAGGCCGUGUGGGAGGCCUACAGGAUCUUCUUAGACAGGAUUCCUGGGACCACAGAGUACCAGAGAUGGGUUCAGGCCUGCCAGCAGGAGUCACUGUGUAUCUCGGACAUUGCCAGAAACUUCAGCAGCUCCGAGGAGCACCUGAACCUGAUCCACCGGAGGAUGAAGCGCCUGAGAGACGAAAGGCAGCCAUCACAACGAGACCAUGUGACUCCUGAAAACGCUCCCCUCAUUCCCGACAUGGAAGUUCCGUCAGCUCCAGAAGUUCCGUCGGGUCCAGAAGUUCCAACCUCCACCAUCCUCCUAGGCCGGGCCACUUCCUCUCCAAGCUCCGCCCCCGACGAAGAGUGGACUGCCAAGGAGGAGGACUCCGACAUUCCUAACGUCGUCCCUGAAAGUCUGGCAGAGCAGAUGGUUGAGUUCAGCAUCGACUUGGUGGAUCCAGGAUACAGAGAGCUGCUGGAUGACCCGGACUCGCCUCAGUACAUAGACCUGGCCCACCACCUGCAGGACCAGAUGCAGCACGUUUUUGACAAACUUCCGGGAUUUAAAAGCAUCCAUGUGUUGCGGAUCAGCGAGAUGCAAGAUACUGACGGGGAUGGCGGUAUCACCGUCCACUACUCCCUUGUCUUUGAGUCCAUCUCCUCGAAAAUCAACACUGACAUGGCGGGCGCCACUCCAACAUCAUCCCCAGACUCCAAACUCCGGGAGAUGGUGAGACAAGCUCUGCAAGAGGACGCGUCUCUUCCGGUAGACUUGGGUUCUUUGAACUUUGACCCAGCGGCCGCCCUUCUGGCCCAGACGUCAUCCUCCUUGGUGGAUGUUGAAUUGGAGGCCAGCGAACCAGACUCCCACAACGAAUUUGAAGUCUUCACUGAUGAGCCACGGGCAGUUAAAGUCGACCCGGCACCGCCUCUCAGCCCCUCCGAGAAGGAGAACGCCCUGGUCACGCUAUUGGAUCCCUCAGAGGACAUUACAUUUGCACCAGAAGUACAGGAUCCAUCCAACGCAGAAGAAGAAGAGUUGAUCAUUUCUCAUAAGAUUGAAAGCAUCCAUCAUACUGAAACUAGCAAACUCAUUCGAGACUACACACCAAGCCCCCCCACCAUUGUGGAUGAAGACAUUUUGGAUCAGCUGACCCCAACUGCACAUAUUUGGCCCAGCACAUCUUCUGCUGAUGACCAACCUUUAGCUUUGGGACUCAUCACCACCACCACGCUGGCAGCCAUCACAGGCCAGACGCCUACUGAGUCCAUGGAGGUUGCCCAGCAAGUAACCGGGUCCCUGCCAGACUUAACAGUCCUCAUUGAGGACGUCAAAGAAUUAGAGGCUGAAUCAUUAGAACCACAGAGAGAGUUAGUGGUGGAGCCUGCUCAAGAAGUCCUUGAAGUUUCUGAACCAGAGCGAGACAAUUCCCAAUAUGAAAUGACUGAUGUUUACAUGCCAGAAGAAGUUGUGCUACAAGCGCAAGACUUGGUUUUGGAGCUUCCCGGAAUGGAGGACAAGGAACCUGGACGGUUACCGACACAAGGGUUGGCACUAGAAGCUCAAUCAGAUGACAUGCUUGAGCAGAACGGAAAUGUUGAAGAACCACCAGAGCAAAUGGAGGAAGGUACAGAAGUAACAAAGGUUCAAGAGACAGAAGAAGGACAAAAUGAAGCUUCGCAUCCAGAUGAACAAGACGUGAAACAUCAAGACACUGGACAAGAUGUUUCAGAUGAAACAAUAUCUACUGUUCUGGAAGAUUCAUUCACUGCUGCUGGUUCAGAAGAACUCUUGCCCAAUGUUGUAGAGGAAGAGUUACCUGAUGUUCCAGAAGAACUUUUGCCCGAUGUUCUAGAGGAAGUGUUGCCUGAUGUUUCAAAAAAAUUCUCACCUGAUGCUCUAGAGGAAGUGUUGCCUGAUGUUUCAGAAAAAUUCUCACCUGAUGCUCUAGAGGAAACGUUACCUGAAGUUUCAAUAGAACUCUUGCCCGAUGUUCUAGAGGAAACGUUACCUGAUGUUUUAGAAGAACUCUUGCCCGAGGUUCUCGAAGAAACGUUACCUGAUGUUUCAAAAGAACUCUUGCCCGAGGUUCUCGAAGAAACGUUACCUGAUGUUUCAAAAGAACUCUUGCCCGAAGUUCUCGAAGAAACGUUACCUGAUGUUUCAAAAAAACUCUUGCCCGAUGUUGUAAAAGAAACGUUACCUGAUGUUUCAAAAGAACUCUUGCCCGAGGUUCUCGAAGAAACGUUACCUGAUGUUCCAAAAGAACUCUUGCCUGAGGUUCUCGAAGAAACGUUACCUGAUGUUUCAAAAGAACUCUUGCCCGAGGUUCUCGAAGAAACGUUACCUGAUGUUUCAAAAGAACUCUUGCCCGAGGUUCUCGAAGAAACGUUACCUGAUGUUUCAAAAGAACUCUUGCCCGAGGUUCUCGAAGAAACGUUACCUGAUGUUCCAAAAGAACUCUUGCCCGAAGUUCUCGAAGAAACGUUACCUGAUGUUUCAAAAGAACUCUUGCCCGAGGUUCUCGAAGAAACGUUACCUGAUGUUUCAAAAAAACUCUUGCCCGAUGUUGUAGAAGAAACGUUACCUGAUGUUUCAAAAGAACUCUUGCCCGAUGUUCUCCAGGAAACGUUACCUGAUGUUUCAAAAGAACUCUUGCCCGAUGUUCUCCAGGAAACGUUACCUGAUGUUUCAAAAGAACUCUUGCCCGAUGUUCUCCAAGAAACAUUACCUGAUGUUUCAAAAGAACUCUUGCCCGAUGUUCUCGAGGAAACAUUACCUGAUGUUUCAGAAGAACUCUUGCCCGAUGUUCUCGAGGAAAAGUUACCAGAUGUUUCAGACAAACUCUUGCCCGAUGUUCGAGAGGAAACGUUACCAGAUGUUUCACACAAACUCUUGCCCGAUGUUCAAGAGGAAACGUUACCUGAUGUUUCACAAGAACUCUUGCCCGAUGUUCGAGAGGAAACGUUACCUGAUGUUUCAGAAGAACUCUUGCCCAAUGUUCUUGAGGAAACGUUACCUGAUGUUUUAGAAGAGCUCUUGCCUGAUGUUUCACAAGAACUCUUGCCCGACGUUCGAGAGGAAAUGUUGCCUGAUCUUUCAGAAGAACCAGUUCCUACAGGUUCCACAACAAAGGAGGAAAUGGUUGAUGUUACAAAACUACUUGAAGAGGACGUCACUGUGGUUCCAAAGGAAAAAGUACAAGAUGCUGAAACUCCUCCAGAGUCUCAAGCAGAACUAGAGACAAAUGUAAACAAGAAUGAUGUGGAAACAGAAUCUCAAAUGCCAGAUAUUGUUUCAGAACAUAGCAAAGGUGCUCUAGAGGAACCAGAUCCACAGAAAAUAUCACACGAAACUCUGCACCCGGAUGCAUUUCCAGAAGGACAUCCUGAGGACAUCUCAGAAGCAGACGAGCACACACUAGAUGUUCUUGAGGCAGAACCACCACAAAAAGGUGACAAUUCAGAUUGGAUGGAAGCUUUAGAACCAAGAGAAGUUGUGGUCACUCUUUCAACACCAGCAGAAGAUGUUCCAGGCAUGUUACAGCAAGAAACAGAAGUUGAUGCUGCAGAACCAGAAGGCCAAACAUUUGUUGUUCCUGAGCCAGAUUCAGAACCCGCAGCUGAAUCCAUCAAGGUCUUUCCCCACUUUGAGGCUGAGGGAGGUGUUCUUUUCAGAGAGAACAUGGGUGAGGUUGUAUCAGAGUCUCUUCAACCUGUCCGACCAGACGACAAUAUACCCGUAAUUCCCGUUGAGGUCCAACUUGGCAAUGAGGUGGAAGAUGAACUGGAAUAUCCGCUCAUUCAGGACUUCUCUGAUGGGGUGAGCAGUGACGUGACCACAGACUCAGCAGAGUCUUUUGAUCCAGCUGGUGUGACACCUUCAGAGGGGGGCACCGCAUCUGAGGAGGCUGAAGAAGAUUCACGGCCAGCAGGUGACACGAGUGUGACAGCGACACCUGCUUCAGACUCCUUAACAAUGCCACCAGCAACAUCUGCUGCUGGAUUGGUCUCCUCUCACAGUCCAACUGUGGACUUUGGACUCUUUGAGGUGGCCCCUGGACAAAGUGCAGCCACCAUUAUUGAUGAAGAUCUGAAAGUGUCCGAAAAGCAAACUAGCAGACCGGCUUUGUUCCCUGAGACUGUAAAGGACCUGGCAGAGGAAUUGGAUUCAGCGGACCUGAUAACCACCGAGCCACUGGACGAGGGGAGCGGCUUGGUUGAGCAGCAAGUGUCGGUGAGUGUCACAGCACCACCCCCUGUAAGAUACCUGACCACACCAAUCAUGACGACGGCCAGCCAUGGCCGAGAGCUGGUGGUGUUCUUCAGCCUGCGUGUGACCAACAUGGACUUCUCCGAGGACCUCUUCAACAAGACGUCACCAGAGUACAGAUCCCUGGAGAACACCUUCCUCAACUUGCUGCUGCCGCACAUGCAUGCCAACCUGACUGGCUUCAAGAACUUGGAGAUCCUGAACUUCCGCAAAGGCAGUGUGGUGGUCAACAGCCGCAUGAAGCUGGCGAAGUCGGUGCCCUACAACAUCACUGAGGCGGUCCACUGCGUCCUGGAGGAGUUCUGCUGGGCUGCCGCCAAGCACCUGCACAUACACAUCGACAGCCGCUCUCUGGACGUGGAACCAGCUGACCAGGCCGACCCCUGCAAGUUCCUGGCCUGUGACCCCUGGUCCCGCUGUGUGUCAGACCGCCACUCCCUCGAGGCGCGUUGCCAGUGCGAACCGGGCUUCCUGUCCGUGGAUGGCCUGCCGUGUCGCAGCGUGUGCGUCCUGCAGCCCGACCGCUGUGGGCCCGCUGCUGAGUGUCAUGUGGAGCCCGGACACGGUGCUGUGUGCAGGUCCAAAAGCAGCCAGCAGCUGGUGGGUACCUAGAAGGUCAUGACAGCACCAGACUCGGGAACAUCCAACAGGAACAAUCUUCAUGUCUCCUCGUCCCUGCAGAAGGAUGUCUUUUCUACGGUUUAUAAAAUGAAGACGUUAGCUUAACAACGAACUGUCGUCUUCACGUUCUCAAGGGGUGCUCAUGGACCAAAAAUAGCGCUUGCAGUGACAUCAUUGCUAGCUAGUGUAGCUUGUCCAAAAGGAAAGAAACCAACGAAAUAAACCCACACUGCCAUCGUU